AUGAAGUUCUCCAGCUUUGCCAUCUUUGCCGUCGCCGCCCUUGUCAAGGCCGACCCAGCACCCUCCCCAGCCCCCGCCCCGGCGCCGUCCCCCGCCCCAGGCCUCUUCGACGACAUCUCCACCUUCAUCACCGGCGCCGCCGGCAAGGUCUCCUCCUUCGUCGACAACGUCCACUCCAACUGGGACGAGGGCCUCUCCAAGGGCCACGCCGUCAACUCCGCCAUCGACUCCAUCUUCGCCUCCGACGAGCCCUCCAAGGUCAUCGCCAGCCUCACCUCCGAGGCCGCGCCCCUCUUCAGCUCCCUCAGCAGCGUCGCCGCCACGGCCACCGGCGCCGCCGCGUCCUCCGUCAGCGCCGACAUCUCCAAGCUCAGCGCCUCGCUCGCCAGCGAGACCAGCAGGGCCGCCGCCGCCGCGUCGUCGAGGUCCAAGGAUGCCGCGCCUGCGCAGACCGGCUUCUUGGCUAUGGGUGCGCUGAUGGGCGGUGCUGCCGUCCUCGCCAACAUGUAA